AUCCCCUGAUUACAGCUCCAAAUAUGAUCACAACGACAAAUAUGAUCAUGGCAAGAGAUCCCCUGAUUACAGCUCCAAAUAUGAUCACAACGACAAAUAUGAUCAUGACAAGAGAUCCCCUGAUUACAGCUCAAAAUAUGAUCACAACGACAAAUAUGAUCAUGACAAAAGAUUCUGUUAAUUUCUUAACAAAAAAUUUCAAUGAUAUGAAUUUAAAAGUUAAAAUUUUCAAAUUAUUUCCAAUCAGAAGUACAUACUACGCCUCGUCACGUACAGUAGAUCAACGCGAAUCUUAUGCUGUAUUGGCUCGGUCGUUUGAAAAUAGCGGAGUUAACGUUAGCAGUACUUUUUGCUCCAAUACAAACUGGCCCUUGAAAUUUGUGGCCUUAUCGAAUUUAUCAAUGGGUAUCAAAAACGAUAAACAAGAACUUUCUAGUCACAUGCAAGAAUCCCAGGAAAUUUCUCAUAAUUUGAAGGAUGACUAUAAAUACAGUUUUGAGUAUAUUUGA